AUGAUCUCCUCCAACGUGUUACAGAUUAGCAAGUUGAUCGUACGAUGUGGAAUGCAUCGCGCCUACUGCACAGAUCCCACCCGUAUAGAGAAAACUGUAAACACUGUCACACUGCUAGGUCGCGUUGGUGCGGAACCACAACGUCGCGGAAAUGAUGCACAUCCGGUGGUUAUGUUUUCCGUGGCGACACACUCCAACUAUAAAUACGAUUCGGGUGAUUGGAUGCAGAAAACCGAUUGGCAUCGGGUUGUAGUGUUCAAGCCGGCUCUACGGGAUGCGGUGAUGUCGUACUUGAAGAAAGGACAGCGCACGAUGGUUACCGGGAAGAUCACUUAUGGUGAAAUUACCGAUCAAGAAGGAAAGCAACGGGGCACCACCAGCAUAAUUGCGGACGAUGUUAUCUUUCUCCAGAAUUAA